UGAGUUUGAAGUUGCGCUUCAAGCGAACGCACGAUACGAUUGGGUUUCUGUUUUUCUUUCCAACUGUCUUCCCACAAAGUGUAACACUGUAAGUGACUACGUGACUAUUGGGAGCAAUUUGAAUUCUUCAAAAAAAAAAAAGGCGGUGGUGUGAACAAGUGAGAAAAAACAACAAAGAUUUUUCCCAAAAAGUUUCCGAAGCAGUUUGUUUUUCGAAAUUUAAAUUUUUACUAAAAAAGCGAAGAUACUCGAACACAAUCAUGCCCAGACCGGUUAAAUUGUUUUACGAUCUGCUGUCGACACACUCGCGGGCUCUGUAUAUGUUCUUCGAGGCCACCAAGAUUCCGUACGAUCCGAUACCAGUUUGUACCACCAAAGGCGAACACCGAUCGGACGAGUACAAGGAAUGCAUCGGCCGGUUCCAGCAGGUGCCCAGCAUCAUCGACGAUGGUUUCAAACUGUCGAAUGGCGUCACCAUUCUGAAGUAUCUGAUUCGCGAGAAGUUGAUUCCCGAACACUGGUACCCUCGGGACAGUAAACUGCGCGCCCGCAUCGAUGAGUACCUCGAAUGGCAGCAAGACAGCGGUUCGAAGGUGUUCAACGCUUUCGUGCAGGAAAAAUGGAACCUGGGCCUGCGGGACGCACGGUCGUCGCAGCAGAAGGCCGAAGAAUACCGCCAGCAGGUCGAUCAAACACUGAAUCAACUGGAGCAGAACUGGAUCCAGCCGGGUCGGUUCAUCAUUGGCGAUCGGAUUACGAUUGCGGACAUUCUGGCUGCUUGCGAAGUCGAGCAGCCCAAGCUUGUCGGCAUGGAUCCGUUCGAGGGACGGCCAAAGCUCUCGGCAUGGCUGGAGAAGGUACGCUACACGAUGACGCCCUACUAUCAGGAGGCACAUCAGGAUUUCUACAAGUUUAGCGAAAAGAUGGCGCUCAGACAAAACUGAAAACGAGCAGACAGGGACUGGCAGCCCUCAAACUCGCAGGAAUCCAUUAAAACAUGGUGUGUGUUGUGUAAUUCUAGAAUGUUAGUCUUAUAGAUGUAUUAUAUACAUUUGAUAUGAAUAUUAUUGUAGAUAUUAGUAUGUACCAGUUAAGUUUCUAGUUUCUAAGUGGUUUUACAACAAGUCAAUAAAAUGGAAAGUAUUUAUCCAUAUUCAUUCGUUCAAUCUGUUUGCUU